AUGCCGCCGUCAGCUACCCCACCGUCUCCUUCCUCCGAUGAGCUAUCACUCAGCUGCGUUGGAGCUCUACUAUCGUCGCUAUGGACGUCAGCAUGCGAGGCCCGGCAGAACAUCACCCGACAACGGUUACUCUUCUUCCUCAAGCAGCAUGUGCCCAUCUUGGAAUGGCUACCCUCGUACGAUAUCCGUGAAGACUUGCAGUUCGACUUGGUGUCGGGGAUUACUGUCGGACUCAUGCUCGUACCCCAGGAAGUGUCCCUCAGUGCCAUCAUGGGGGUACCCCCCAUCUACGGGCUCUACACAGCAGCAGUUGUACCCAUGAUCUACCCACUAUUUGGUACAUCUCGGGUACUAUCGGUGGCCAACGGAGCGGAAGUGAGUCUUCUAGUCGGCUCUGCUAUCAAGAAGGUGGAGAGUGAAGAAGAGAGGAUCGCUACCGGUAUUUUACUGAGCUUCUUGAGUGGCGUGGUGCUGCUCUUUAUGGGCAUGUUCCGACUUGGCGUUAUUGCAGAUUUCUUCUCUAGACCCGUUAUGGGCGGCUUUAUCUCGGCUGGAGGAGUACUCAUCAUGUUGUCCCAAGUCGCGAGCUGGUGGGGACUGGAAGUCAAGAGCCGAGAUUUACCGGUAUUGACGGUAUUGGAUUUGUUUCAACACUUCCCAGAUCUCAAUGGACUGAGCUUUGCCGUGGGAGCGUUCUCGAUUAUGGUGCUAGUAGGGAUGCACGAGUUGAAGAGGCGAGUGGUGAAGGAGCUGGUGAGGGUCGAGGAAGAGUUUGAAGACCAGUUCGCCAUUGAGACGUCCAGAGCUUUGACUCAACUGUCGAUGAGUGUGAGCUCUGCUAGUGGAGACAACGGGGACAUGAGCGAGAAUGAAGAGGACAGCCAAGAUGCCAAGGACGACCGACGAGCUGCGAGUUACGAGGGAGAUAUUGAGCUGGGCGACGUCCCUAAGCCCAAGAAGCGACAAGCCAGAAAGAAUGACGCUGGAGUGGAUGCGGAAGGGCUGUCGGUCUCUCCACGUGGCUCGAGGUGGGCAGAUUUACCGGCCGUGUUCACGACAGGCUCUCUGCGACGUCGUGACUACGUCUUGUCGUCACCUUGGGGGUCGUCGGCGCGCAAUAGUCGGGAUCUUGGCUCGAGUGAUUUGGAUUUGGCUCGGUCGUGUCGUCAGAGAGACUUGGCUGCAAUUACUCGUAGCAAUCGCAAUGGACGCCUGGACGAUGAAGGUGUGGGGUUCUCUCUGUCAGAUGAAGACUAUAUUACUAUCGAGAGGCCUCUGGAUUUUGGCACUCGACCAGAUGCUCGUCCGCCACUGCCUCGAAUGAAUCCAAUUCAACCGAAAGUGGAGCGACCUGGACACCACGACGACAAGGACGAUGGCGCUGAAGCCAAAUCAAAAGCCGAAGCUGAAAUGAAACGACGUGUGAAGGAACUUGCAUCUCCUGCGAAGUCCGAGACAGGAUCCGAGUCAGACUCGACAACUGCUUUAACUGGGCGCAUGAUGGCUGCGUCGUCGACGUCAAUUCGUCUGCUGCGCUCCAAGAUGGCAGUUCUAAUCGCACUCCGGUUAGUUUGUGAUCUUGGUGCAUUUAUGGUGUGCUUACUUGGUGGAAUUGUGGGCUACAUGGCGCCAGAGGGGUCUCUCAACCUAGCUGGAGACGUUCCUGGCGGAUACCCAGCGCCCUUGAGGCCUUGGUAUGGAUUCAGCGAGAAUAUCAUCGAGGCUGAUCGUCUGUAUCAUCUCUUCAUUGACACGCUCUCGAUCGCCAUCAUCUCGUACAUGUGCAGUGUCGCUAUGGCGAAGCGGCUGGCGAUCAAGGAAGGCUACAGGAUUCGGCCCAACCAGGAGCUAAUCGCGCUCGGAUUCUCAAACCUCGUUGGCUCGUUUUUCCAGGGAAUGCCGUCUACGGGCGGCCUCUCACGUACAGCUGUCAACAUGCAGAAUGCACGAACGCAACUCGCGAGUGUCAUCACCGUGCUCGUCGUGGUACUCGUGCUGUACACGGCCACGUCCGCAUUGGCCUAUCUCCCGAAGGCGAGUCUGGCGUCGAUCAUUAUCGUCGCAGGAUACUCUCUUAUCGAGUUGAAAGAAGCCAAGUGGCUGUAUCGCGUCAAGAGGGACGAAUUCUACGUGUGGCUGGCGUCGUUCGUGCUCUCGUGUCUACUCGGCGUGCUCCCCGGUCUUCUGUCCUCCAUCUUCUGCUCUCUGAUCGCUGUGAUCUACAAGACCCGCCGCCCUACUGUAUCCAUGUUGGGCGAAGUAACUGAUGCCGAGACGGGAGAAAACCGCAUCGUGGAGCUGGACAUGCAUCCGGAUACUGCUCGCUCCUUGUCGGAUGUCGUAGCUAUCCGUGUGGAAGGCGCUUUGUACUUUGCCAACUGUGAGUACAUUGAGCGUGUGGUGGAGCGUGAGGUUAGGAAGCGUCAUGAAACGGAGGGUGUGGCUGUGCGUGGCGUGGUGAUUGACGCUGGUUCCAUUAUGGACUGGGACUCUACGACUAUCCAGAUGAUGAAGCAUUUAAAGGCGGAACUUCGAGGGCAAGGCAUCAUGCUGGCGAUUGUGAACGCGCGAGAUCGACUCCAACAUUUGCUGCAGACGUCAGAGUUCCUCGUGGGUAUCGUACACAAUGACGCUCGUAUUGGAUUUUCAGAAGCCAUUAAGGCUAUCCGCGAAGAAGACAUGCCUGACGAGAACCAGGCAUUAACGCGGUCUUCAAGAGUGCACAGCAUUUAG